AGAGAGAGAGCGAGCGAGCGAGCGAGAGAGAAAGACAGAGUUUACGGACUAGUUGAUUCGUUGCAAUAAAAGGAACAUUAUAGCCUAUUGAUUUUCUUCAAUUGCCCACUACCUGCAGUUAUAUUGCAGGUGUGUUACCGUCAGUUAGGUUAUUUAAAAGUCUUAUAUUUAUCAUUCUGAACAUUUACUAUGAGUCAGUUGUGUGAUUUAAUUAAUUGAAGAAACUUAAAUUAGUAUCAUUAUACACAAAUUUUCUCAGAAUGAACAUUUAUGGAUUUGGAGAAUAGCCUCGAGCCAUUCUUGUAUUGGCUUGGCAAAUUACAUUAUUAAACUCCCAAAUCAAAACAACAUUUGGAUAUUUUCGUGGAGAAGGAGACAGUGCCUAGGCUAUAGAAAACAUAAAUUGAAUUGACAUUUGAAUCACUGCUAUGCUUUGAGACGACAAACACCCGAGGCUGAUUCCAGGAUACUUGAUCCGUGUUCAUGCGGAGGACCAUGAACGGUCACCAGACUCAAACCACAGUGCCGCUGGAUCUGAGCACCACAACGAGGGAGCGUGGGAGCGGCGCCGACAGGACUCCCACCAGCAAAGGUUGCUCCGCCAGUGUAAGAAUGCAGUAUCCCGCUGCCCCCCUCACGGAGGAUGACGGUCCAAACGGAAAUCCCAGCCACACUGUGGAGCCGCUGGAGCAUCGUUGUGGAGUAUCGUUGAUAAAACCUCCUGUGAAAACGGGAAACCCGGCUUUUCUGGAGAAAAAACACUCACCAGCUGCAACUUCUCACGCGCCAUUCACUCCGAACCCUGGUGAGAGCAGCAAAACAGACACACGAACACAGAACAUAUCUUCCUCGUGGCUUCCUUUUAGGAAACGUCCAUUUCCUUCUGAAUGGGAGACGCCGGAACAGUCACGUACCCAACCCGGGAGAGAGGAGCGCUUAUCCCCUUACAAAAACAAAGACUUGUGCUGCAGACCAAGUCCUCCAAAGAUUGUAUUAAAGAGCUACGACGAUGAGAGCAUUGGUACCCUGGCAUCGGUCUCACACAGACAAUUGUCUGCCGCCAGCGGUUUUGACAAUGAACUCCAAAGCAUCGAUCCGGUUCGUUCAAUGCAGGCACCCCGUCCUUACUAUCCCUAUCCAGGGCACCCAUUCUACUCCUGGCCCAGCAGGUCACCACUGGUUGUGAACGUGCCUGUCUCUCACCUUCAGUCCUCUCUUUACCCGGGACACGCCGGACACCUGCUGGCAGAUGUUGCCCUGGCGACUCGCCAAGACAACGAUGGCGACACGGCUCUUCACAUAGCAGUGGCGCAGGGGCAGGAAGCUCAGAUCCAAAGAAUGAUCCUUCUCCUGGAACUGGUUCACACAGACCUGGACAUCUACAACAACCUGAGACAGGACAUUACGACCCCUCUUCAUCUGGCUGUGAUUACCCAUCAGGCCCACAUGGUGGGGGCGUUGCUGCGUGCGGGUGCUGACCCGGGGGCUCUGGACCGUAACGGUCAGACAACGGUCCACCUCUGCUGUGAACACGGCCAGCAGGCCUGCCUCUCUGUCGUCCUUUCCCACCCCUCCAUUUUGACUUGCCUGGAGGUCAGGAACUAUGAGGGCCUCACACCUCUCCACCUAGCUGUACAGGGUGGACACAAGGAGCUGGUCAGAAUGCUGCUGGAUGCUGGGGCAGACAUCAAUGCUAUGGACAUCAAGAGUGGCCACAGUCCUCUCAUACACGCAGUAGAGAACCACAAUAUGGACAUGGUGCACUUCCUCAUUGAGAAUGACUGUAAUGUGAACGGCCAGUCGUACAGUGGGAACACGGCCCUGCACAGUGCCUGUGGGCGAGGCCAGGUAGACACAGCCAGGCUGCUACUGAAGAACAGAGCCGACAGCAGUGUGAAGAACUACCACAAUGACACCCCGGCGAUGGUGGCCAAGAACAAGAAGGUAACAGAUGUACUACGAGGGAAGGGCUCCAGAAACCAGCAGCCCAAAGCUCAGCAGUGUGUACCAGCCUCACCACACAGGAGCACACCCCACUCACAGAUUAGAGGUUCUCCAUCUCUCAGCCUUUCACCAUUGGCCACUCCCACAGCUUCGCCUCUUCACCGCAGCUCGUCCCAUUCCCCCAAGGCACCUCUCACGCCCUCUCCUCACAGCCAAUCAGGCCAUCAGUCUCCAUUGAAGAUCCGGGAGAGCAAGCAGCUGCCGAUGAGGCUUGACUCCAACAGGAUGACUGCAGUGGACAUCAGCCUGACCCAGAGAAGGACCUACAGCUACCCUCCAGCAAUGCACCACCAGUCCCCCAUCACUGAUGCUCAAAUAGGGCAUUUACUCGCCUAUUACUCCCCUGGAGUUCAGAGACCUCUUUAUCCAGAGCCUCCCUUUAUCCUCCUCCACACCAAUAUCCCUUACCCAGCCACUGUAUCUACUGCCUCCCAAUCAGAUGUCUCCAUCAUGAGUGUCAGCAGCAGCAUGGGCAAAGGUAACAGUUGACAGAGAUGCACUUUGUGUCCCUGCUGAGUUGGGUUCCACCACUGUUUGAGUUAUUGGUUGGUAACGAGUUUGUUUACUGUUGGACUAUAGAGCCUAUGCCAGUAUGAUUAUGUACCUCUAGAUCUCAGCUGGAUGCAUUUGUCAUGUGACUGCAUUAGUCUCCUUACAAUUCUACAUGCAAUGACACCUACACUGGAAGAAUGAACGUUACUGCAGUUUCCUGAAUAGACUUCAUUCAGAACUGUUGUGUGUGUGUGUGAUGGGCUGUUUGGAAAGUGGUGCUCCAUCUUACUUGAAAUUCAUGAUUCUGUUUUAGCUUUUUCUUUUCUGGUUUACUUUGAAUAAUAUAUUGUAUAAUUGAUAAAUAUUUUUCUACGUCAAGUUAUUUUUCUUCACAUUCAUAGCAGCACACGGACACAGACCCAGUCCUUAAUGAUCUUUAACAUCAAAAACCAAAGAUACAAAAGUUGUUUAUUAUUCUAAAUGCAUUUCAGAAUAUUGUCACGGUCUGGUGAGAACUUCAACUCCAUUUCUAUUACAUAUUGAAAGUAGUAAGUGUACUCUGAACAUUUCAUGACUCUAGGACCAGGAAAAUGUAUUCAAGAUACUUCUGAAGUUCAGUACUUGUAUAUUCGUUAACAGUAAAAUAUAGCCCUAUAGUUUCUGUAUUGUUUGGAAAUUGCCAAAAAUGUAGAUGCAGUUAUCAGACAGCGACAAUAUUAGUCUAAUCACAUGUUGAACUGCAUCACCUGAUGCUCUCUAUUUGUUGGGUAUCACAUAUAUACCAGAAGGAAAUAGACUUGUGCUACAAUAUGUAGGCCUGGCUCCAUGGUAUAGAGUAACCCCCUCGCUCACUCUGCCCCACAAUUCACAGUAUAGGAGAGUCUCUGAAUCCACUAGAUACAUGACAAGCCCAGGACUGUGUGUUUCUGUGGAUGGUCCCAGUGUGUCGGAGGCGGCUGGAGGAGGUCUAGCCAACUGUGACAUUGAAGCCACACUGGAACUUGUUCUUCUUUUGGUUAAGGAAGGCUCCCAGGGCCAAGGAGAGAGGCAGGGGCAGCAGCUUCUUCUCCAGGACUGCCCCCACCACCCAGUUACUGUCUACCGAACCUGGAGACGGGGAUGGAGGGGAGGGACUGAUCAGGAAAUCAUUCAGACCUGAGACAAUCAUUGACAAAUGGCUCAACUCACUCAAUUAAUCCUAGAGGUCUGUCUGAAUAGCUGUGCUGUCGAGGGACAGACAGUGGCUUACCUUUAAAGAGCAGGUUGGCUUUAGGGAGGUCCAGCUGGUACCCAAACGAUACUGCGGUCUCCUGCGUCCGCAUGCUGCCCUCAAACUCCACCCCCAGCUGCAGCUGCGUUGGUAGAACGACAACAAGAUGGUCUCACAAACAGACCUAGCACUGUGGUGCUACAUAGCCUCAAGUAUUUCAGUGGGCUAACACCUACAUGUCAGAAAAGGCAUGGUCCAUUAGCAUGGUCACGAGAUGGUAGGAUACCAGUGGAUUCUCCCAACUAUUUUGCACAGUGAUCCACACUAAAGUUUGAGGAGUUUUGUGGUCUAGACUGGGGGCUAGGUGAUAGGAUAGCUUAGUUUGGGUACCUGGUCAUUGGCUCUGUGGUAGUAUGUUGCAUGAGCACCAGCACCUCCUAGAGUCAAUGUGGCAACAUAAUUAUUGCCUGGAGUAAAAACAAGAAGAAUAUUAAUCUCAGUGACCUGACCAGUAAAAAGCUCCUGGCUCUAACAGAAGGUGAGGUGGUGUGGGUCAGAGAGGGUCUCACCUGUGUAUCUGCCCAUUAGGGAGGUGACUGCUCCCUCCUCCCCAGGCCUCCGGUGGUAGACCAGCUCUCCUCCCAACGCCAGGGCUGGACUGAUGGACUGAAGGUAGUGAGCCACGAUAAUACCUGAGGACAGCAACAUCAUCAUAGAUGUUACAGUAGAGCACAAGAAUAAAGGACUCAUGUCUGAAUAAUAACCAGCCCGUUCACUCUGUAAACAGAGGCCAUCAUAACAUGUGAUCAAAAGGCUGGGUAACAAGAACAUUGCUUUAAGUGAUUAAGCUUCCACACAAAUGUGCUUGUAGGAGAGAUGGGUCGUUUUGCCGCAUCAUGGACCACCAGUGAAGUCUGACGAGAAAACAAUCCUACCAGAGCCAAGGAGGACGUCUGGGUUGCCCAGGGUAACAGCAGAGGUGAAGUCAUCACCACGAUACUCCAUGUCACACUGCCAGUUCACAAACUUGUGCUGCUGAGUCUGUUGAAAUAAAGGCAUUGUUGUAAAUGGA